CGCGUGAACAAAUUUUGGAGGAAAUUAAAAUACAAGGUGAUCUGGUUCGAAAAUUAAAAGCAACCAAGGAACCCAAAGAAAAGUUGUAUGGUACUAUUAUUUUUGGAUUAAUUGUUGUGAAGUGUAAACAAUGCCCGAACUGAUUAUGUAUACAAAUGCAGUGAGUAAUAGUCGACUCUUGGCUCCUAUUAAAACGCCGAAGAGUCGUGCCAAACCUUUAACCCGCCGGAGGAGAAUUAAAAAGUCUUCUACGAACUCGUCGGCCUCCUCUAGUGCCGAUACUUCGAUAUACGAAUUACAAUCAUGUAAUACUAGUAACAACGAGAACACAACAAUUAACGAACAUCGAUCUACCUACGAUGUAUUAAAAUAUUUUAGUUUAGGAAUUGAAGAUCUAGCAAAUAUAUCGAAGAUGAUGACUAUGGAUAUAACAAAAACUGAACCCAAUGUGGGUUCAAAUAAUCUACAAAACUCACACAAUAAUAACGCGAAUAGCGGUAAUACGAAUAGUAUAACAUCUGCUGCGAAUAAUAACAAUAACAAUGGUAGUCAAUUGUGUGCUGGUUGUGGUAAACAUAUACAGGACCGUUACCUAUUAAAAGCUUUGGAUAUGCUGUGGCAUGAAGAUUGUCUCAAGUGCGGUUGCUGCGACUGUCGUUUAGGCGAAGUUGGAUCUACUCUUUAUACAAAGGGUAAUCUAAUGUUAUGCAAAAGAGACUACUUAAGAUUAUUUGGUAAUACGGGUUACUGCGCUGCUUGCAGUAAAGUUAUACCGGCCUUUGAGAUGGUAAUGCGUGCACGCACAAAUGUCUACCAUUUGGAAUGCUUCGCCUGUCAGCAGUGUAAUCACAGAUUUUGUGUUGGCGAUCGUUUCUAUUUAUGUGAGAAUAAAAUUCUUUGCGAAUAUGAUUAUGAAGAACGUUUGGUAUUCGCCUCUAUGGCCAAUCAUCCGAUGUUAAAACGUCACGCCAAUUCGAUUGGUCAAGAUUCAGCCAAUGCCGGUGGCGCCGCCGGAGCAGCUAAUGCCGGUAUGUUAGGUGCUAGCAAUGCGGUAGGUCCUGGUCCUCGAGCACCAGGCGAUCUCAACAACAAUGGACCUCAGGCUGGUGCAAAUAAUUCGCCAUUCGGUACGGGUGCUGGAUCUCAUAUGAAAAAUUCUCUGGGUGCGUCAAGCUAAAACAGCAACAACUACAACAAUACAGGGUAUAAACAACUAUCGUGGUUCUGAUAGCUGGUUAAAUGCUACCAAAGAAUUUUUUGUUAAAACAAGAAACAAGUUUAAAAAAAAAAAAAAAAAAAAAAAAAAAAAAAA